AUGCAACACAGGCCCACAAAUUUUCAGGGAAAGAGGGUUGUUGUGGUUGGAAUUGGUAACACCGCCGCCGACACAGCGACAGCUCUUUGUGGGGUUGCUUCGAAGGUGUAUCUAUCACACAACCACGGGGCUCUUGUUCUUCCGCGAAAAAUGCCAUCUGGCGAGAUCUUAGACCAGGGUGUCACGUAUCGAAUGAUGAUGAUCCAAUAUACGAUGGCAAAAUGGGCACCCAGCUUCGCCGAAAAAUUUGGUAACAAAUACGUCAAGAAGCGCCAGGAUGCAGCCUUCGACAUCAAACCAGAAUGGAAUCUAGAUUCUCCUUCCAUGAUUCAUACCCUUCCUAUCCUUUCCGACACUCUCAUUGGCGAGCUUCAUAAGGGUAGGAUCGAGUCAGUCACGGGUCUCAAAAUGGCCACUGGAGACAAGCAAUUGGAGCUGGACGAUGGAACCUUCAUCGAGGUUGACGCAAUCAUCUGGUGCACUGGGUACCUUUGGAAGUACGCUUUCCUAGGUGAAUACGAUCCAUCACUGAAGGCUGUUGACGGAUAUAUCCCCACGAUCACUGGUAAAGCAGGGCCAAAUCAAGUGCCCUUCCCGAGAUUGUAUCGCAACAUUUUCUCCCUGGAUCAUCCGGAGAGUCUCGCAUUCGCUGGAGCGGCGGCUUUUCAUACGCCCAUAUUCGUGAGCUGGGACUUGGCUUCCAUGGCCAUUGCUCAGUAUUGGAAGAAGCCGGAACGGAUGCCAUCGAAAGAAGCGAUGCUCUCAUCAUACCAAAACCAUAUGGCUUGGGCGAACGGGAUCCUUGCGCACGGGAAACUCGAUCAUAGGUUCGUCAACGCACAGGAGUGGACGGAGUGGGCUCAGGAGGCAGCCGGUGUCCGCGUGUCAGAGCACCUCGGUUAUGGAUUGAGUGGGUGGAAAUUCUGGUAUAAAGACAAGGCACUGUGCAAGAUGUUGAUGGAUGGUCUCUAUAGUCCCCAUUUCUUGCGACUGUUUGACAGCGAUGGAAGAAAGGCGUGGAAAGGCGCUCGUGCAGAGAUCGAAAAGGUCAACGAGAGUAUUCGGCAGCGAAUGGCAAAAGGUAAUGAUGACGCCUCAUGA